AUGUAUACCUUCAUACUCGACAUUGCGACAACAGCAAGCAGAAGAUUUCGUACUCGCAUCCAGUACAGGUGCAUCAAGAUCAGAAUCGAAAGAGCAAGGACAUCGGAAGAAGCUAUGUGUCGGAAUACCUUCUGUAGCGAGGAACGGGACAACAUAUCUACUCUGCUGGAAGGUCUCUCGGAACAAGAGCGUAACGACAUCCAUUUCGCUGUCUUCAUCGCUCAGACAGACCCUUCGGUGCACUUCGCAUAUCACGAGGACUGGCUACACAAUCUUGCGGAUGAAGUUUUGCUGUAUGAUUUGCCUAAGAAAAAGAUGGAACAUGUGAUAGAGCUGGAAAAGACUGGAAACUCAAGAGAGAAGGGACUUUUCGACUACACGUAUAUGCUAAAGUCUUGCUAUGAACAAGGAGCGGAGCAUAUCGCGAUGUUCGAGGACGACAUCGUUGCAUUAGAUGGAUGGUACCACCGCGCAGUGGCUGGCCUAGAGCUAGCAGAGAGACAGUCAACUCUGCAAAAGGCAUCCAUGGACUGUAAGUUGAUCCAGUAUCCCCCGUCAUCUACCACAAAAACUAACGAUCCAAAAGUCCUCUACCUCCGCCUCUUUUACACGGAAGAAUUUCUCGGCUGGAACAGCGAAGAAUGGAGGACCUACCUCAGCUACUCCCUCCUCGCCACAGCCGUCCUGACCAUCGCCCUAAUACUGCUCCGCUGCAUUUCACGAACGGCCAAGAAAUCAAUGACACCCUCUCUGGUACUACCGAUCUACGCCAUCUGCCUCCCCCUAACAAUCCUCCUCUUCUUCGCCGCAGGCCGCACAACAGUCCUCUCCCUCCCUACUGGUGUAAACGAAAUGCCCCGCUACGGCUGCUGCUCUCAGGCCCUAGUGUUUCCUCGCUCCUCUGCUCUCUCCAUCAUAAACCUGUUCCAAGACAAGAAACUGGGCUUUGUAGAUUCUCUGAUUGAGGAAUUUGCAGAUCAGAAUGGAGGAUUGAGAUGGGCUUUGACACCAAGUGUUGUUCAGCAUAUCGGACGCAAAAGUUCAAAGGGAGAUGAUUUUGGCACCGCGAGUAAAUAUUCCAUGAGUGUUGCGGAAAAGUUGUGGAACUUUGGAUUUGAAGAGAAUGAUGGUGAGGAGUUGAGAAGGGAGCAUUUGGAGGUUAUUGGGAAGGGUAUUCCUCCUCCAUAG